CGUCUUCGUCCUCGCCCCGAUCCCAAUCUCCUUGCAUCCGCAUCUCCAAACAUGUCGACGAGACACGAUCUCCUGCUCGCCACUCUGCUGGGAUAUGGCCACUCGUGGGAGUCCUGCAUCCGGGCAAUCGAAUAUGGCUUCACGUCCCCUGAGGAGGCCGAUUCAUGGAUCAAGUCCCAGUUGCUCUCCACCAACAACCAACCCAUCCUGCGGCUCGACCUGCCUUCAGACUCGUCCCCGAGCGAAGUCGAUAUCGAGCCGUUGCCCGAUGCAGACGUACCGUCGAGUGAGCCAGCAGCCGAUUCUCCGACGACGAAUGCCAGCUCCUCUCGGAUAACGAGCCCUGUAUCGGCAGCGCAGGAUCCCAUCCAGCACGAUCCCACCCCGCAGGUCAGCUCGCGGUAUACAUCAACUCGUGAAGACCACUCCCGUUUGGCGCAGACGAUUCAAUUCCAGGAGAGCAAGCGAUUCAAGAGCCAAAAUGCUCAGCAUCGGCAAGAGGCUCUGGCCCGUUUCAAAGAGGAUCGCGAGAGAAUGAAGCUGAGAUCUACCACAUCGGCAGCCCCGCCUGAUAUCAAGCCCAAGGCUGUCCAGCCUAGCCCCUCGGCCAAUGAAACGGUCCUCCAGAUUCGGUAUCCCAACGGAACGAGUGUCAAGAAGCGCUUUACCUCCAGUUCGGACCUGGGAAGUGUCUUUGCCUGGGUCGUCGAUUCGGCAAGUGCACGUGUGCCAGCCUGGUGCAAGGCCGGCAGCUUCCAGUUACUGCAGCCGUUUCCGCGGCGAACGUUUGCCCGUCAAGACCAUGUCCUGUCGCUUUUGGAUGCAGGUUUGGUUCCCAGCGGGAAUUUGCAUGUGGUCCCUUUGGCUGCCGAGUCGGUGGAUCGUGCUCCGGCCGCAAUCGUUAGCCCGAUAGCCCAGCCACCCUUGGUUGCCGCAUCCUCAGCCGAACUUGGUGACUCCAGUGCGACCACUUCCCGUGAUCCGGCAGCACCAGCCACUCUCCCAUCGGACGACAUGGCCAUUGAUAGCAACGAGGAUGCUUCUGAUACCAGGAGCGGGCCUGGUCCUCACGAUGUCAUGGACUCAGACACUGAUGAAAACGGCGACGAUGAUGGCGUGGGCGCCAGCGAUUCCAGCGAUUCCAGUGACGAUAACGACGGCUCCCGUGCCAGUGACCACGAGCCAGAAGUUGUCCCUCCCCAUGCGGCACCGAGGAACCGCGGGAGACAGCCCGGGCUUCAUAGAGGACGGCCGAGAUAUCGGAUUGUCCAGAACGCCUUUGUCGGCGCCGGAAAUCGCCUGGGCGGAAGUGUUCCCCAAGACGAGAGAGCGCUGCCCUUUGUCCCGGUCGCGCCGGCCGACACUAUCGCGGAGAAGAGGCCCCGCAAGCUGCUCAGGUCGCCGCGUUCACUCAAGGAGCUGGCUCUGCUGACAUCUAUGGAUGUGAUUAGAGACCCUCGAACAGCGGCCUCAACCUUGGUUGUGCUGCGAAGCUAUGGCUCGUCCCUGGUCGAGAUGAUCAUAGAUCAUGCUGUGCGCUCUAAGACCAUCAGCGCCUUCCUGGCCUCACGACUGAGCUCUGCCAUCGUGGAAAACCUUUGUCUCGAUCACUGCGUGCUGACCACCGACUCACUCGUGGAGAAGCUGACCCUCGACCAUUGGGUGACGCUGGAUCGAGUGUCGCUGAAGGGCUGCCACAUCAGUGACCAAGCUGUUGUCGCACUCUCGGCUGCCCGGUCGUUGCAAAGUCUCAAUCUGGCAAACUGUCGGGUAACCGACAAAUGUGCAUAUGUCUUCCGCGAGCUUGGCCAAUUGCGGGAGCUCGACCUGUCGUACACCCUUAUCGGCACCAGUGGCCUUGCCGAGAUCAUCGAUGCUGUUCAGACGACCCUCGUCUCCCUCAGCAUCGGUAACUGCCAGCGAAUCGAGGGCGAGCGUGUCUUUGAACUUCUGGCAAACACUCGUCUUGUUCGAUUGAACGUCUCGCGACUGCACUUUGCAGCACCAAUGAGCCCUGUUCGUGGUAGCCUCGUCAACGCCCUCGAGUACCUCGAUAUCAGUGGCACUCCGAUUGUCAACGGCGACGUGCGCCUGGUGGUCUCGUCGUUUCGCAACCUGCUGGAGCUCGAUCUGCGCGGCUGCAACAACCUAAGCGCCGAGGGAUUGAUUUGGAUCCCCAGAGGCCAGCAGCAUCUUCAGCAUAUCCAGCUCCCGCUCUCCGGUUUACCGCUGGAUGGCAUACUCCCCAAGUUUACAGAUCUCCCACUCGUCAAGCUCGAUCUUGAAGGCGCCCAAGUCUCCAACGAGGGGCUGCAGACGCUUCCUCGACUCUCGAGAACAUUGGAGCACUUGAACUUGUCACGAACCAAGGUGGACGACGCCGGUCUUGCUUCGGUUGCAGGGCUGCUGCAACUCAAGGAGCUUUACCUCAACCACCUCGAUAUCCACGACGAGGGAAUGGGCUGCCUCCUGGCGCUUCCGUACCUGCGAGUGCUCUCUCUGGCACAGACCCAUGUCUCCGAUAAGCUCCUGGACGAGCUCACCAAGUCACCGAUGCGGUUCGCUCUCAAGAGCCUGAAUCUGUCGCACACGCCGGUCAGAGAUGCAGGCGUUAUGAACAUGCUGGCAGCGUUCUCCAACUUGGCCAUCAUCAACUUGGAAGGCACUCUGGUCACUCCUGGCUGUGUCGCCAACAUCCAAGAUCUGGGGUACGGCUUGGUGGUCCGCUAUACCCCUCCAGCUCCUCCUGGCGACGGUGAAGAGUGAACGCCAGAUUGUUUCGAACGUAUCGCAUUUGCUCAAGUAUCUGGCACCCGCUGGCACCCGCUGGCUCUCCGAUGGCGGCUUACGACUACACUCGCCAUGGAGAGCACGGCCCUGAAUACACAGUCGAUCGUUGCUACGAUAUUCCGCUGGACGCAUGGUGG